AUGAUGUGGCCUCCUCAGAUGGCUUUAGCACGUGGGGCCAGACCUCUCCCUGGUUUCCGAGGUUUUCCUCCUGGUAUGAUGGGUCCUGAUGGAUUUUCUUAUGGAGCCGUCACAUCUGAUAGUUUUCCCAUGCCUGAUAUUUUCGGUAUGGCUCCUCGUGCUUUUGCACCUUAUGGCCCAAGAUUCUCUGGUGAUUUGAUGUUUCAUGGCCGACCUUCUCAGCCUGGAAACUUUCCAGCUGGUGGAUUUGGGAUGAUGAUGGGUCCUGGGCGUGCUCUUUUCAUGGGUGGGAUGGGCUUGGGGGCUCCAGUCACUGGAAGAGGUGGUCGACCAGUUGGUAUGUCCCCAAUGUUUCCGCCAGCAGCAUCUCAACCUUUUCAUAACUCAAACCGGCCAGUUAGGAGGGAUCAGAGGGCACCGGCUAAUGAUAGGAAUGACAGAUACAGUGCAAAUUCAGAUCAAGGCAAGGGUCAAGAGAUGGCAGGUAGUGGAGCAGAUGAUGAGGCACAUUAUCACCAGAGAGUAAAAAACCAGCAAGAUGAUCUUGGCACUGGAAACAUUUUCAAAAACGAUGAAAGUGAGAGUGAGGAUGAGGCACCCAGAAGGUCAAGACAUGGGGAAGGAAAGAAAAAGAGGCAAAGCUUGGAGGGAGAUGCUGCUACUGGUUCUGAUCAACUGGUCUAG